GUUUCUUUCUUUUGCCAUCUGUAUUAUUUGCGAACCUAAACAACCGCCAAGCCACAACGCACCUCUCAAGGUCAUUCUUCCUCUCUCUCUCUCUCUCUCUAAGAACUUGGAUUUGGAACUUCUCCGGUGGAUCAGACGGAGCAGCAUGGCGUCGCAGGUGAGAACGGUGAGAGUUACCAAUGUCUCGUUGAGCGCGUCGGAGAAAGAUUUGAGAGACUUUUUUUCUUUUUCCGGUGAAAUUGAAAUUGUCGAAAUGCGAAAGGACAAUGAACGAUCUCAAAUUGCAUUUGUUACCUUCAAGGAUCCGAAAGGAGCCGAGACAUCGAUUCUACUCUCGGGAGCUACAAUUGUUGAUCAGCCUGUUAGCAUUGCUUCUGCUCCAGAUUACAGUCUUCCUGCUGUACCUGCCAGUGCCCCUCUACCAGUGUCUUCUCCAUCUGCAGAGAAUGCAGGCUCUGGUACUGCUGGAUCUGCAAUGAAUAAGGCCGAGGAUGUUGUGAGCAGCAUGCUGGCCAAAGGCUUCACUUUGGGCAAAGAUGCCCUCAAUAGGGCAAAGUCUUUCGACCAGAAGCACCAAUUGACAUCAACAGCCUCAUCAAAAGUCCUUUCUCUGGACCAAAAGAUUGGCCUUAGCGAGAAGAUUAGCGUUGGCACGACGGUGGUGAAUGAGAAAGUGAAAGAAAUGGAUGAGAAGUUUCAAGUGUCUGAGAAAACCAAGGCAGCAGUGAACAAUGCAGGAACAGCCUUAAUGGCUAACCGGUACGUCUCAACCGGGGCUUCCUGGGUUACCCAGACGUUUCAAAGAGUCGCAAAAGCAGCCGUAGAAGUCAGUCACAAAACAAAGGAGAAGGUUUUAGCUGAGGAUCAAGCGAAACAAGAGGGAAGAUCUUAAUUCAUCCAAGAGCCCUGAUCAUACCCCAACAUAUAUAUCAUAUGUAUUUGGCCAAAACAAUGUGAGGAGUGAGGACCUAUUCUUCUUAGCUUGCUAUUUUCAUCUCGGUUGAUUGACAUAUUUUCAAUGCCUUGUUUUAGUUUUUUGUAUCAGGGAGUACACAAAUAAUCUACACGCUUAUGUUGUAAUUCAACCGUAAGAAAAACAUAUAUGCUAUGUGAUUAAGUGUCCAGAAAUGAUCUUUAUAAACAUUAUUUGCA